AUGCAAUUAUCGGACGCAGAAUGUGCGACGCUUACUCAGAUGUUGUUAUCUGGCAUCAGACUUGACGGCAGAUCUUUAAAGGAGUAUCGCGAAAUCAAUUUUCGUUUUCCAAGUGGCUAUCCAUGCGGCGGUUGCUGCAUCGUGAACAUAGGUUCCACUUCGGUCCUUGCGAAAGUGUCUGCGGAGGUAGUCGAACCUAAACAUUACAGACCCGCCCAAGGUGUUGUUUUUGUCAACUUUGAUGCCACCCUGGUGUCAUUUUUGGAAGGUAGACGAAAAAUCCGGGGCCGUGAUGACGAGGGUCGACGCCUUUCCUCGGUGCUGCAAACGUGUCUUCGUGAUUCUAUUGACGUCGAUGCCCUUUGUAUCGUCGCCUGGGAACGCGUGUUCGCUAUUCGUGUCGAUCUCAAAGCCCUUUCUUUUGACGGGAAUUUGGGUGACUGCGGUGCACUUGCUGCCGUCGCUGCUUUGGCCUCCUUUCGUCGGCCAGAUGUGUUCGUUAACGAUGAUGGAAAGAUUAUUGUUGACACGGAGAUGAAGCACCGUCCACCGGUGCGCCUGAACUUACGUCGUACUCCUGUAUUGGUGACCCUCGGUCUGGCCUCUGACACCAAAGUUAUUCUCCAGGAUCCCACGCAGCGAGAGGAGGCAGUCCUAACCGGAGGGCGGGUGAUGGUCGGUCUCACUGCGCAUGAGGAGCUUUGCUGUGUUCACACUUCUGGACUCACCACCUCAAUUCGACCGGAAAGUCUUUCUAGGUGCAUUAUGUUGGCCAACACUCGUGCCAAAUCCCUCGUAGCUCUCGUUCAACGGGUCCUCGAAGGCCUUGAACGUCAACACGCUGCCGUGACAGCCACUGCGGCUGCUCGAACGAGUGACCUUGAGAAGGCCAAUCAGUUUCUGCUGGACGUGCCCCUCGUCCUGAGCUCUACCUCCUUUCUCCCGGGCGGUGCUAAUGCGCCCGAGGGGCUUAAAAACGUUGAAGAUGGCGAAGUGGCUGGGGAGGAGGAAGAUGAGGCUAGAGAGGACUCGGAUAGUUCCCACGCUAUGGACGUGGACAGUUCGUCAGAGUCGGAAGGAGAGGUUAAACCAGCCGCAAGGGAUCCCUACGGUGUGAUUGAAGUGUCGAGUUUACUGGCAGAGCGUGCGAAGCCGGAGACGGAAGUGGAGGAAGGAAAAGGAGGCCUGGGGUUCCAGUCUAUUGAAUCGGACGCGACAGUAGCUGUGCAGUCAGUACUACCGCCUAGGGUAACUAGGACGACGAAGAAGCUAAAGAUGGCCGUUUUAGAUGAAUGGGGGGAGGAAGAGGAGGAGCAGAGAGUCGUCAGUCAGUGCUCAAAGUUCCUUAACAUUUCGAACUAA